GAACGAAGCAUCCACGCCGCCCUGCAACAGCCCCUUCCUCCAGCACUCGUGCUAUGGCAGGCACCGAGCAUGCCGAGUCAAAGACCCCGCUUCACGGUCUGUUGCACAAUCUACAACCCCAUCACCUUCCUCUUCAGAACCCGGGUAAGCCUUCAUACCUCAGCACUUCGUGGGGUGCCGGAUCCCCGAUACCGACGCGGCCGCAGUGGUCGUCCGAUUGUUGUGCUCCUUUCAGGCCAAUGCGGCAGUCAGCGUCGCCGGCCAUCACGGCACAACAGCCACACCCACAGCGUUCAUCGGGAGCAGCGCAUUCGCACGGUGGAACAGCAGUGGCAGCUAGAACCGCGGAAGCAGUAGCACCAAGCGACGCUGCGACGGGAAGAAUCAAUAGCAAAUGGCCAGCAGACAAGAGGCCAGACGCGGAACCGAUGGCUAGGUCGUCUCCUGAAUCUGAAGAUAUCUACACGGAUUUGUGGUUGACCGGGAUGCCGUGGGCUACGUCGUCGCCACCGAACGUGGAAAACCUCGAGUUGGAGAUGCCGGUGGCCCCAGCCCCCUUGGAUGCCCUCCGCAGCGACGACCGAGGCUCGAGGGAUGACGACGACGAGGAGGAGGAGGACGGUGUUGUACGGGAAGCUACGCUAUUCAUGCACCAAAACCAAGCAGCAUCUCUGGGGCAGCAAGGAAAGGAGCCCAGUGGCGGCAGCAGGGUCGGGUUCGCUCCACAGGAACCACGAGUGGUGCACAUGUCCAGCGAAACAGCAGUUGAUGUGAGGACCGCGUCCUCCAGAGCCGAGGGCGAGAGGGCCGCUGGACACGUGAGCGGUACACAAGAGGCUCCGCCGUGUCGUGGUGCUGGUACCCCUGCCAACACCGAAACGGCGAUCGCUUCCGAGAAGGGCUUGCCUUUGCCGUUGGGUGUCUCUACCAGCAAAUGUGGGCAGAGGGACGAUAAUAGCGGUGUUCCCGAAGGGGGCCAAGGCUGCUUGGGUGCCGAAACGAGCAUCGUCACCAGAAAACCGCGACAGAUGACUGGCCCCCAGGCGGACCUGUCGGAGUUAGGACCACCUCUAGAUGAUGGAGCGGAGACUGUCCCGGGGCCGGCGCAUGCACCUCAUCCACCCCCCCCACCGCCACCAGUAGCUCCACGGGCAGCCGAAACGACAGCCCCAGGCGCUCUGCAGGAGAACACGCACCUUUCGCUCUCCAUCUCUCCCUCAACCCCUCGCACAAUCACGCAACCGACCCCACACCAAAAACUCUCCCCGAGCGCGGAUAAGCCUACCGCCGCCGCCGCAUCCCUGCCCGUCUGGGCUUUGCUGCCUCCAGCACUCCCGGGCCUUGACGUGACUGCUUCGCCGUCCUACCCUCAGUCUGGACCUUGGCCAGCAUCCAGCAUCGAUACCGUGCCCGCCGAUGCGGGCGGGAGCAAUACUACUUCUUUGGCGGGUUCUGCUAGGAAUGCCGCCGCUACCACCUCCAUCUCCAACUCUCCCCCUACUUCCCCUAGAUCAGCACCAUCGAGCACACAGGCACCAACAACCGCAACAAAAUCGGGAACUAUAGACGAGGCAGGCGACGCAGAGCAAGCUACACCAAUCACGGAUUUAGUGGGCGCAGCGAUGGCGUGCGGAUCAAGGGUAUCACCAUCGGCCUCAGGGCCAUGCCCGACCGGUCAAGGAAAUAUCAGUGGAGCUCAAGCCGAGUCUUCGCCCUCCGCCCCAAAUUUUUCUCCUGCUGCGUCACUAGCUUCUUCUGGCUGGACAGCUGAAGCCUCAAAAUCCUGGACCUGCGCCGGAGGCACCUUCCGGAACGCUGCGGACAGUAAACAUGACGGCGCCGACAGCCUUCAGGCCGUUCUCAGGGAGGGGCCUAGCAGCAGGGAUGUUAGACCAUGCGAGGUGUCCACUUCGCGAGGAAGAAGUGACGACGGCGAUGGGAGGCGAGGGGGUGGACCAGGACCAAGCGCAAGAUGACGCCAGCGGAGCAAGGUCAACGCCAAGCUAAAGCGAAAGGGCCCGGUAGCUCGGGGAAUGCCGAAGAAUAAUCUUCGGCGUGUCAGGGGGUGUAGCAAUGUGGCGGGCCAGUUCUGAAGCAAGACUGGACUCUGAAGAUGUGAGGUUGCACGAGAAUCGAAGUAAUGUACAGGAGCAUUGUACAGUAACAGGCAUCUCCGGUGCCCACGGGGGUUAUCGGUAUUUCGAAUCGAAGUGAUUCGUGUAGUGUAGGGUACCACCUCAGCGUGCAACGUCAUGUUGCGGUGGUAAUAUUUAGGGCUUGCGGUUCUCGAAGAUAGUUUAAAACGACCGUCAAACACGGCCGACGCCCCGCCAUAUUGGUUAUAGUUCUCGGCUCCUUCUCUGUCUACUGGUUGGCCAAUGACAUGACGGUGCCUUGUAUUGGACAGGGCCACCUAGCCGGCGGUGUUGCCAGUGUUUGACGUUGGACUGAGAAGCAAUGGUUCUACUGUAUGUGGUGCAUAUUUCCAUGCGCCGGAGCCCUUAUUUAUGGUUGUGUCCGCGGAAAAUAGACCAGGUGAAGAACAAACAGAUGAAAUCAUACCCUAGGAGGGGUGCUGUUCUAGGUGUUUGAGUACGUCAGCAUGGUAUGACGCCCUACCGCGAACAAGGACGAGGAUAAACGAUCGAAAACCGGACCGGCUGGUAUGAGUCCCUCCUUGCGUCCGAAGCGGCGGGGUAGAUAAGU